CAACCGCCAGACCUCGUCCUCCACUCCUCCCCGCCGCGGGCCCCCGCGCUCCGCCGAGGUCGGCCCCGGGGCGCCGAGAGGCGUGGCCGGCCUCGGCGGACCCUGGAGGCGGCCAUGGCCUCGGUGGUGGAGUACAAGGGGCUCAAGGCCGGCUACCACUGCGGCUACUGCGACUCCGAGGAGGGCAAGGUGUCCUGCGGCAUGUGGGCACACUCCAUGACCGUACAGGAUUAUCAGGAUCUCAUAGACCGAGGAUGGCGGAGAAGUGGAAAAUAUGUGUACAAGCCUGUCAUGAAUCAAACAUGUUGUCCCCAGUACACGAUAAGGUGCCGACCUUUACAGUUUCAGCCAUCAAAAUCACACAAGAAGGUUUUGAAAAAAAUGUUGAAAUUUCUGGCCAAAGGGGAAAUUUCCAAAGGAAAUUAUGAGGAUGAUCCUAUGGAGCCCACCAUGGAGGACACCGUUGCUGGUGACUUUGGAUUAAUAAAUAAAUUGGAUAUACAGUGUGACCUUAAAACGCUCAGCGGUGACCUCACAGAGAGCUUUGACAGUGAAGAAAAGAAGAAAGGAAAAAGCCCAAAGAAGGGAGAAUCUAAUGAAUUCAUUCAGUCACAAGAUAUAGAGGAGAAGUUGGGCUCUGGUGAGCCAUCACAUCCGGUUAAAAUGCCCAUGGCUCCUAAGCCAGGCAAAGGAGCAGAUUUGAGUAAGCCUCCCUGUCGAAAAGCAAAGGAAAUCCGGAAAGAAAGGAAAAGGUUAAAACUGAUGCAGCAGAACCCGGCUGGAGAACUUGAGGGUUUCCAGGCUCAGGGUGAACCACCGUCUUUGCUCCCACCAAAGGCUAAUAAAUCCAACCAGCCCAAAUCGCUCGAAGAUUUAAUUUUUGAAUCUUUACCAGAGAAUGCAUCACACAAGUUGGAGGUGAGGUUAGUACCUGUCUCCUUUGAGGACCCAGAGUUCAAGUCGUCCUUCAGCCGGUCAUUUUCUCUAUAUGUCAAGUAUCAAAUGGCCAUACACCAGGACCCGCCCGAUGAGUGUGGGAAGACUGAGUUCACAAGAUUCCUUUGCAGCUCACCUUUGGAGGCGGAGAAUCCCCCUAAUGGACCAGAUUGUGGUUAUGGCUCCUUUCACCAGCAGUAUUGGCUUGACGGGAGAAUCAUUGCUGUGGGGGUGAUUGACAUCCUUCCAUACUGUGUGUCAUCUGUAUAUUUGUACUACGAUCCUGAUUAUUCAUUUCUGUCUUUGGGUGUCUACUCUGCACUACGAGAAAUUGCUUUUACGAGGCAGCUUCAUCAGAAAACAUCUCAACUCAGCUAUUAUUAUAUGGGUUUCUACAUUCAUUCAUGUCCCAAGAUGAAAUAUAAGGGUCAGUAUAGACCUUCUGAUUUGUUGUGUCCUGAGACGUAUGUUUGGGUGCCCAUCGAACAGUGCCUGCCUUCACUUGAGAACUCAAAGUACUGCCGUUUCAACCGGGACCCAGAAGCAGUGGAUGAAGGUCGCAGUAAAGACCCUGACCGUUUGCAGGUGUUCCACAAGAAAGCCAUAAUGCCUUACGGCGUUUACAAGAAACAGCAGAAAGACCCGGGCGAGGAGGCCGCUGUGCUGCAGUACGCGAGGCUGGUGGGGCAGACGUGCUCCGAGCGGAUGCUGCUGUUCCGGAACUGAACCCACGCCGCCCCCGCUCCCGCCCGGGCACCCACCCUGUGCCCGUGACGCGCGCCGCACGGUACAUGCCCCUCCCUCCGGGGACGUUCCGGACCCGCCCACAGAUUAGACUUUUUUAUUUUGACUAUUAUAUGGCUUUUCUAAAAUAUUUUGUGGCAAUGUAUUUGUGAGAAUCUCCUGGUUAAUACAAAGAUUUUAAAAAUACGUCGUGACCUAGCCUCAUAAUUGGGGCUUAUCAUUUUGGAAGUUUGUUUCAUGAGCAAGAUACAGUAUAAACUUCUCAUGUUACUAUUUUGGAAAGUAAAAUUAGUAAGUGGAUCUUAACUAAUUUAAAUCACUGUUGUGCUUUUUUUUGUCAAAGAAAUUACAACAGACUUCUCAGAUCCAUUCAACACAUUAGUUUACGCUACAAAACCUUACACGUGGGGAGGACAGUGAGGGGGUCUGUCUCACCACUUAGAAAACGUCUUCUCAGGAGAACGAGACUGUGUUGUUAUUCGGUGUUCAGUAUUAAAUUGCUGCUGAAUGUUAUGUAGUUAAUAGAAAACUCAAAAGAAUAUAAACAUUGAAGAAAGGAUGUCAUGUGAACAUCAGAUAUUCAUUUACCCAGGACAGUCCCCAUCGUGUCUGUUGUCUUGACCGGAUUAGUUUUUCCUAGAACGAGUACUACAAGAGUAUCCCAGUUUGGACAGCAAAAUAUAUGGUUACCCUAGUUGUGUAGAUGAUUUGCCGUAUUUCUAAAAAUCUAAGAAGUGGAGUUUUCUUUGUGUUUGUUUUGGUUUUUUCAUUUUGUUUUUGCAAAAUAUUGGCUCCUGCCUUGGCCUAAUAAGACCCACCAGAAGUAAACAUACACUAAAUUUUUCAUUCCUUCGAACUCAGGACACUUGUCUUUGGUUGCUGAUUAAAAAUUAGUUAAUAUCGGACUACUAGCUGCACUACAAGUCACACGUAACGAAGCACAGGAGUCAUUCUGACCUCUGUUCCGGGGCAAGAGGUGAACAAUCCGUGCCUUGCCCUCUGGUUUGCGAGUCACGGAGCAGGUGCUGCACUCGGGAAUUUGAGGCAGAGGCCGGCUUCUUUUUUCCCCCUCUCACUCGCUUUUGUUUGGCCCCUCACCCAGUCAGCCAGUGUCCCUCGUCCACCACCGUCAAGGUGACAGGCACGGUGCCGGGAAGGAAGAGGAGACUCGCACGUCUCAGUUUGUAGUUAGAACUGAGUUGUGUUGGAGACCAUGAGCGACAGAGCAGCUUUGGUUUCUUGUGCUCUGUAUCAGCUCCUCCCUGUCUUCUGCAGCCAGCUGCUCGGCCACUAGUUCAUUUCAUACCCCAUUUUGCCUCUUUUCUAUUGAUCUUUU